AUGGAUAACGUCCCAGAUAAUGAAAUGCUCGUCGACGAAUAUGAGCAGUAUCACAAUGACAGGACGGAUGAUGUUGUUGUCUCUCGAUCCGGAUCGGAGGAGCCGGAGCCGGAGCCUCUUGCAAACGAUUAUGCAGCGAUGAUGGCACGAAUCCUUCCUAAAGACCCAGAACUUGAAACCGAAGACGAGGCGUAUCACACAUGGCAUAUUAAAGACUGGCGCAAGUUGAAGAAGAAGGAACAUGGACCGACAUUCCACUGCGCAGGAUUCCCAUGGCGGAUUCUCUUCUUCCCAUAUGGUAACCACGUGGAGCACGCAUCAUUUUACUUGGAACAUGCUUGGGACAACGAGCCACCUGAAAAUUGGUACGCUUGUGUGCAGUUCGGCCUCGUCCUGUGGAACGUAAACGAUCCAUCCAUCAAAAUCUCUCAUGUUGCUACUCAUCGGUUCAAUGCGGAUGAGGGAGACUGGGGGUUUACCCGAUUUUGUGAACUACGAAGGCUGUUCAACUUAGCAUGGGAAGGCCGUGGAGUGCCUCCUGUACAAAACGAUGAAGCUAUGGUUACAGCCUAUGUCCGUGUCGUCAAGGAUCCAACGGGUGUCUUGUGGCACAGCUUCCAAAACUAUGACUCGAAGAAAGAAACUGGCAUGGUUGGAUUAAAAAACCAGGGUGCCACCUGCUACCUCAACUCACUUCUACAGUCGCUAUACUUCACUAAUGCGUUCCGAAAGAGGUUGUUCUAUAAUCUCCAAACGAGUGAAAACCCUGUUUCAACAGCUGAGCUUACUGCAUCUUUUGGCUGGGAGUCGAGACAGAUUUUUGAACAACAGGAUGUUCAGGAACUGUCGCGCAAGCUGAUGGAGAGACUCGAGGAGAAAAUGAAGGGCACUCCAGCGGAGAAGGCAUUGCCGGAGUUAUUUGUCGGAAAGACGAAGACUUACAUAUCCUGCAUCAAUGUCGACUAUGAAUCCUCGCGUGUGGAAGACUUCUGGGAUAUUCAACUCAAUGUAAGGAACAACAAGACUUUGGACGACAGCUUCAAGGAUUAUAUUCAAGUGGAAACGCUCGAAGGUGAGAACAAGUACGACGCUGGGCCACCGUACGGUUUGCAAGACGCCAAGAAGGGUGUUAUCUUUGAAAGUUUCCCCCCGGUCCUACAUCUUCACUUGAAACGAUUCGAAUAUGACAUCAACCGCGACGCUAUGAUGAAAAUUAACGAUCGACAUGCAUUCCCUAUGGAAUUUGAUGCCACGCCUUACCUCUCCAAUGAUGCUGAUAAGUCAGAGCCGUGGGUCUACCAGUUACAUGGCGUGCUGGUACACAGUGGCGAUCUGAACGCAGGCCAUUAUUACGCUUUCUUAAAACCUACCAAAGACGGAUACUGGUAUCGGUUCGACGACGAUAGGGUUACCCGAGCUACUGACAAGGAAGUCCUUGAAGAGAAUUAUGGUGGUGAAUAUGAGCUGGCCAACGGCGCGGCCGGCGUCAAGCAACCUUACACACGUGGUCUAUCAACGAAGCGCUCCAUGAACGCUUACAUGUUAGUUUACAUUCGGAAGUCAAGGUUGGACGAUGUCCUUCUUCCCAUAAUGAAAGAAGACAUCCCAUCUCACAUUGAGACGCGUCUGAUCGAAGAGCGCGUGGAGCUGGCACGCAGGAAGAAGGAGAGAGAGGAAGCCCACUUGUACAUCAAUGUCGGAGUCCUGAAUGAGGAGUCUUUCAAGUCUCACCACGGAUUUGAUCUGACGAGCCUUGACCUACCUGCUGGAGACCCAGCACUCCCGAAGCAAUACCGGAUACUUAAAGCUUUAAAGGUUGGCGAGUUUGCUGAGCAACUUGCACAAGAAAAGGGUAUUGAUGCCAACCGAGUCCGAUUCUGGGUUAUGGUAAAUCGCCAGAACAAGACAACUCGACCAGAUCAGGUUAUCAAGGAUCCAGAUAUGUCAGUGGAAGAGGCCUACAGCAGAUUCGGCACUAAAGGGAAUCCGUUCAGAGUGUGGAUGGAGGUUGGACAGCCCUCCGCGGAUGGAACAGUUUCUUGGCCAGACAACAACAACUCGGUGCUAGUCUUCCUGAAACACUUUGAUGCCCCGUCGCAGACACUGUCGGGUGUUGGCCCCGUAUACGUUCGCAAAAAUCAAAAGGUAGCUGAGCUUGCCCCAACAAUCCUCGAGAAGAUGGAAUGGCCUGCCGGUACAGAGUUCAUGCUGUAUGAGGAAAUCAAACAUAAUAUGAUCGAUGUCAUGAAGCCGAAGCAGACCUUCCAACAAUCUGAGAUCCAAGAUGGCGAUAUCAUUACGUUUCAGAAAUCGAUCAAGGAAGCGGACCUACCUUCUACUGCCCUCUAUCAGGAUGCGAGACAGUACUAUGACUACCUUUUAAACCGGAUUAGCGUUACUUUCGCUCCGAUAAAGGCUGGAGAAGGCGAUGAGUUUACCUUGACUCUGAGUCGUAAGAUGACUUAUGACCAGUUCUCCAAGAAAGUUGGUGAACAUUUGAAUGUCGAGUCUACGCACUUGCGCUUCGCUCCUGUCAUGGCAAGCACGGGGAAACCCAAGCAAUUUAUCAAACGCAACCCCAACCAAGCGAACCAGACGCUGUAUCAAAUUCUCAGUGGAACGAUGACCGGUUACGGAUAUAGCAUGCACCGUUCCGAUGCACUGUAUUAUGAGGUUCUGGAGACAAGUCUGAGCGACUACGAGUCUAAAACUUCCCUAAAGGUGACCUGGCUUCCCGAGGGUAUUACGAAAGAGCAAGUUGUGGAAGUCUUGGUACCCCGCGAUGGCACCAUUUCAGAUCUUCUAAGCGGGUUGCAAAAGAAGGCAAACCUUGACGAAGAUACAAUCCGUGAAGUUAGGAUCUAUGAGACGCAUGCCGGCAAGAUCUACAGAGACUUUCCGGUGGAUACUAAAAUUGCCGGUAUCAAUGAGUUUGUGACACUUUAUGCCGAGAGAAUGCCCGAGGAAGAGGUUAAUAUGGGAGAGGGCGAGCGCACAAUUAACGCCUAUAACUUUGAUCGUGAUUUGAACAGGCCACAUGGUGUGCCGUUCAAGUUCGUUCUUAAACCGGGUGAGGUCUUCAAAGAAACAAAGGAGAGACUCUCUAAGCGGACUGGCAUCAAGGGUAAACAAUUUGAAAAGAUCAAGUUUGCCGCGGUUCCUCGUUCUCUAUACUCGAGUCCACGAUAUCUCGAAGACGAUGAUAUCCUUUCCGACAUUGUCGGCGAUUCCGACGACCUCCUUGGUCUCGACCAUGUAAAUAAGAACCGCAGCUUUUGGAACAGAAGUGAAUCGUUUUUCAUCCGAUAG